UUUUCUCUUUGUCAAUGACAUGGAGUGGCAAGGAGUACUCGUGCACGACUCCAGGAUUUUUGGAGUCGACUCCGAGUCCUGUAGUUGGAGUCGACUCUUGCUCGACUCCGAAAACACGCAGAAACGGAUGCGUACACACCACCUCACUAUUGCAGAGUCCAGAAGGAAGGCUACAUUUGCAUUCUUGAGGACUGACAUGAGCAUGGGGGAUGCAGCCUACUUCUAUGUCUCCUGUGUCUUCCUGCUUAAUGGGGUAAUGAUGAGCCUGUUCUUCCUCUACGGGACUUACCUAAGUGGCAGUCGUCUUGGAGGUGUCGUCACCGUCCUGUGUCUCUUCUUCAACCAUGGAGAGAGCACUCGGGUCAUGUGGACUCCACCGCUGAGGGAGAGCUUCUCCUAUCCCUUCUUUGUCCUGCAGAUGCUGCUGUUAACAUAUAUUCUCAGGCAUUCCAACCCUGAAAGAAGAUCCUUAGUAGCUAUUGGUGCUUGCAAUGUUUUGUUCCUUCUUCCUUGGCCAUUUGCCCAGUUUGUUUUGCUAACUCAGGUUGCAUGCCUGUUUGCCUGUUAUUUUAUGGGCUAUCUCUCCACUGCCAAGAUGAAAUCACUACUUGUUGUGCAUCUGACUUCAUUUGCCAUCUGCUUUGUCUUGCUGUUUGGGAAUUUGGCACUUUUUACAUCUUUUUACAUUUCUUCCCUCGUUGCUGGCUGGGCCAUCAUCGCACUGCGAGAUGAUAUCACAAGAGUCUGCAAACCUGGAAUCGUCACAAUUCUUGUCCAAGGUAUUGCCUGGUUUACCUCUACUGUGCUUCUCAAAUUCUUCAUGUCGUUCAUCCUCGGAGUAUCCAAUGAUGCUCACAUUGGCAACUUGAUCAGAUCCAAGUUGACCAACUACAAGGAUUUCCACACGUUGAUGUGCACCUGUGCUGCAGAGUUCGACUUUAUGGAGCUGGAGACUUUGUUGGGAUACGUUAAGACAUUGAUACUCCCGGUAAACAUAGUUAUUGUGGGCAUCAUUUCUGGAAAGGCAAUUAAAGAAGUCUGGAGAUCUCUUAGGCGCGAAAUAAUUUACUCUAAAGAAGACAUCGAUAUUGACACUGAGCAGCCGGCACAGUUUGCUAAUGGGGAGAUGGUGUACCAUAGUCUGCAGCUGGUGGUCUUUGCCGUGCUGGCGAUCUUGGUCAUGAGAAUCAAACUCUUCCUGGCCCCGCUCAUGUGCCUCAUGGCCUCCCUGAUCUGCUCUAGACAGUUGUUUGGCUGGAUAGGGGAGCACUUCAAGCGCCACAUCACUGUGUUUGGCAUCCUGUCCAUCAUGGCCAUCCAGGGCGUGGCCAACUACCAGAGCCAGCGAGGAAUCGUGGGAGACUUCAGUAACCUGCCUCAGGAGCAGCUCCUGGAGUGGAUCAAUGCCAACACCAUGCCCAAUGCUGUGUUUGCUGGCUCCAUGCCAACCAUGGCGAGAGUGAAACUGUCCACUGGUAGAGCCAUCGUGAAUCAUCCCCACUACGAGGACACUUGGCAGAGGGAAAGGACCAAGUUGGUGUACACCAUGUACAGUCGGAAACCGGCCAAGGAGGUGAAGAGGAAUCUGAUGCAGCUGCAGGCAGACUACUUCAUCCUGGAGGACUCCUGGUGUAACCGACGCUCCAGGCCAGGCUGCAGCAUGCCUGAGAUCUGGGACGUGGAGGAUCAGGAGAACAGAGGAAAGUUGCCGCUAUGUACCCUACUGUCCAUCGACUCCCGGCCUCACUUCACCACAAUGUUCCAGAAUAAAGUCUACAAAGUGCUGAAAAUCCCCAAAGAUGCCAAAUAAAACCUUUAAUAUAGGGAUAUCAUUUUGAUUAAACAUGUUCAACUUCAA